AUGGAACCUACAACAAAUGGUCCGGGUACCCAUCCAUCCAUCACACGUGUGGCUCUAGUCACCGGGGCUGCUCAAGGCCUGGGGAAGUCGAUAGCUUCGCGACUAUUUCAGGAUGGAUAUGAGCUUGCGCUGAAUGACAUCUCCGCCAAGAGGGAUUUAUUAGAUCAGGCGGCUGAUGAAAUUACUAGUACGGUCAUAGCCCUCGGGAGUGGGGAUGGAGGAAAACGCCCACACAGGCGUAUCAUCAUUAUUCCUGCGGACAUAUCGGUAGAGGAAGAGGUCAAGGGCAUGAUAAAUAAGGUCGCCGAGGAGUUGGGCACCUUGGAUGUCAUGAUAGCCAAUGCAGGAAUCGCAACGGUCAAGUCCUUCAAUGACACAACAACAGAAGCACUAGACCGAAUUCUAGCCGUCAACGUUCGCGGGACAUUCUUGUGUUACAAGUACGCUUCGCAACAGAUGAUCAAACAAGGGCGUGGAGGAAGAAUCAUCGGCGCUUCAUCGCUAGCCGGUAAACGAGGACAAGCCAACCUCUGUGCCUACACUGCGUCGAAAUUCGCUAUCAGAGGUUUGACUCAAUCUGCUGCGGUGGAAUUCGGAAAGCACGGAAUUACUGUAAAUGCCUAUGCACCCGGUGGUGUUGUAACGGAAAUGUUCGAGAGCAUGCCUCUUAAUAUGCGAGAGAGCUUGGUAGCGCGGGCAUCGUUAGGGACCCUGGGAUCAACAGAAGAUGUCGCGAGCCUUGUAUCAUUUAUUGUCUCUGACGAGGCAAGAUUUAUCACAGGCCAAACGAUAACGAUAGACGGAGGAAUACAUUUCGAUUAGCUCGCUCAAUGGACGGCCAUGAUGCUCCGUAUCUCACGGUAGUAGCAAUAGAGCUCAGUAAUAGGUAUCUGCACGGUAACGGUUGAGAUAAUCGCAAGGUCCUUUGGUAUAUGCCAAAAUAAG